UUUUAGGAUUUGUUAUCUUGAUCAAUCAAUUAAACACAAGUUAUCAUCUUCAACUGUAAUUUAAUUAGGAACUGAAGAGUUCAUUACUAUAUCAAAUAUGUUACGGAAUGUAAUGGGAGCUAUUGGAUCCCUGAGAAUUAGGACAUACGGAGCUAGUUAUCAUAGUGGAAACUAUAGAACAAAAGACAGGGGAUCUGUAUAUGGGAAUAAUGCUAAUAAUAGGAAUGGACGAUUUGAAAAUCGCAACAAAAAUAAUAUGCAUGGUACUAUUGGAGCCUUAAAAAAACCAAACUGGAAUUUUGAAAAUUUAAAGCCUUUUAAAAAAGAUUUUUAUAUACCACAUCCUAAUGUUCAAUCACGUCAUCCACAAGAAAUAGAUAUAUUUAGACAAGAGAAUCAGAUUACUCUUAAGGGAGAGAAAAUUCCUAAUCCUAUACAACAUUUUGAAGAAGGAAAUUUUCCUGAUCAUGUAAUGCAAUGUAUUAGAAAGCAGGGAUUUAGUGAACCAACUGCUAUUCAAGCUCAAGGAUGGCCAAUUGCAAUGUCUGGACAAAAUAUGGUUGGAAUAGCACAAACUGGAUCUGGGAAAACUUUAGGAUAUAUCCUACCUGCAAUUGUACAUAUUAGCAGUCAGCAACCAUUAAAUCAUGGUGAUGGGCCAAUUGCUCUAGUUCUAGCACCAACAAGAGAAUUGGCACAGCAAAUUCAAAAAGUUACUUAUAAUUUUGGCUAUGUAAGAAGCACUUGUAUUUUUGGUGGUGCACCAAAAGGAAGCCAAGCUCGUGAUUUAGAACAAGGAGUUGAGAUUUGCAUUGCCACACCAGGACGAUUAAUUGACUUUUUGGAACGAGGUAUAACUAAUUUACGUAGAUGUACGUACUUGGUAUUAGAUGAAGCUGAUAGAAUGCUAGACAUGGGUUUUGAACCUCAAAUUCGAAAAAUUAUUGAACAAAUUAGGCCAGAUAGACAGGUAUUGAUGUGGUCUGCAACUUGGCCAAAAGAAGUUAGAAACCUUGCAGAGGAAUACCUUGUGGACUAUACACAAUUGAACAUUGGAUCAUUAACAUUAUCAGCUAAUCACAAUAUUCUUCAGAUUGUUGAUGUCUGUGAAGAACAUGAAAAACAAGCGAAAUUACAAGAUCUUCUUCAGGAGAUUAGUAAUGUUAGUCCAGAAGGUGGGAAGACAAUAAUUUUUGUAGAGACAAAGAAAAAGGUGGAGAGUAUUACUAAAACUAUUCGUCGAUAUGGGUGGCCAGCAGUAUGUAUACAUGGCGACAAAUCGCAAUUAGAAAGAGAUUUUGUUCUUACAGAAUUUAGAAGAAAUAAGGAUUCAAUUCUUGUAGCAACAGAUGUUGCUGCUCGUGGAUUGGAUGUCGACGACGUAAAGUACGUGAUCAACUUCGAUUAUCCGACUUCAUCUGAAGACUACAUUCACAGAAUUGGUAGGACGGGCCGAUCAAAUAAUUCAGGCACGAGUUAUGCCUUCUUUACACCACAAAAUAGCCGACAGGCUAAAGGUUUAAUUAAUGUACUUAAGGAAGCUAAACAAGUUAUCAAUCCAAAACUUAUGGAACUUGCAGACAGAACUGGAAAUGAUCUUGCACGAAAUCGUUGGGGCUAUGGAAAUUAUCGCAGAAGAGAAACUGCUUUCCCUAAAACACAUAAACGAUUCGAUAAUCUAAGUUACUUUGAUGCGUAGUUGGUUUAAUUCAAUUUCCGAUCAUAAACUUUCUGAACAAGUAACCUGCUGGAGAUCUGAAACUUAUUACAAUUUGUUCCUCUGUGAUUAGUAGAAGUUCUCCGUUAAGGCCCUAUUGCUUUACGUUAGUUUCGUGCUCGGUUAAUUUUUUAAAUUUUUAUUUAUAAUCUUAUUGUUGUAGUUAGCGAUAGUGUAAAACUUAGUAAUAAUGAGUACCUUUGUUAAAUUUGCAUCAUAAUAAUAUUUUGCAUUACAUUUCUACUUUUUCAUUCAUUGAGGCACACAAAUUGAAAAAUACGCAGUAAGAAGUACGAAAAGAAAUAGUUAAUAGGAAAUGAUUAACAAUUUAAAAAAUUUGAGUUUGAUGUAAAAAGCUUUCCUCCCUUUAUUGACAAUUGGUUACUAGUAUUCAUAAUUGUUGUUAAAUUUUUUUUAGUAAGGAAAAACUUAAUUUAUAAUUAUUUACGCGUCUUAGAAGUUGGAGCUCAGUAAGAUAUAAGUAUGUAGUAAAUGUAAUCAGUAUUCAUUCCACUUCUUCAAUGUGGCCAAUGUGAUAUUUGGUCAUAUAGUGAAAACCAUUUAUUUGCGAUGUCUGUGAAAUUAUGUGGGAGAACGUCCUGAAUAUUAACUGUAAAACUACACUUUGUUUACUUGCAUAUAUAUAUACUAUGUGUCAAUAUCGUAGUAUUAAUUCACCAAAAGAAAUCUGCUCGAUAAAUCGAUUUUGUAGUAAAAUUAUGCAUUAUGAAAACAUUUUCCAUUGAUUCAACAACUGUUAUAAAAAUACUAUAGCACUUGAAUGACCAUUUCGGCAAUUUUUUUAUUCUGUACAUUUAACCUGUUCAAAAGACAAAAAUGUCUUACAUUAAUGUAUCAUAUUUGCAACUACAAAAAUAAAUUCAGUGUAAAAGAAGAUAAAA